GCGCCCCCGACUUCGGCGCCGGCUGGAGCCGCUCGGCGCGCCCCGGAGCUGCCUGCGGUCUCCCCCUUGUCUGCCCGGAGGAUUGGGGCUCCGGCCCGCGCCCAGUCCCUCCGUUGUCCGGAGCGUGCGGAGCUGGGAGCGGCUUGGCCAUGGCCGCCAGGAGGGACUCCGUGUGGAAGUACUGCUGGGGAGUUUUGAUGGUUUUAUGCAGAACUGCGAUUUCCAGGUCGAUAGUUUUAGAGCCCAUCUAUUGGAAUUCCUCGAACUCCAAAUUUCUACCUGGACAAGGACUGGUACUAUAUCCACAGAUAGGAGACAAAUUGGAUAUUAUUUGCCCCAAAGUGGACUCUAAAACUGUGGGCCAGUAUGAAUAUUAUAAAGUUUAUAUGGUUGAUAAAGACCAGGCAGACCGAUGCACUAUUAAGAAGGAAAAUACCCCUCUUCUCAACUGUGCCAGACCUGACCAAGAUGUAAAAUUCACUAUCAAGUUUCAAGAGUUCAGCCCUAACCUCUGGGGUCUAGAAUUUCAGAAGAACAGAGAUUAUUACAUUAUAUCUACAUCAAAUGGGUCUUUGGAGGGCCUGGAUAACCAGGAGGGAGGGGUGUGCCAGACAAGAGCCAUGAAGAUCCUCAUGAAAGUUGGACAAGAUGCAAGUUCCGCUGGGUCCACCAGGCAUAAUGAUCCAACACGACGCCCAGAACUAGAAGCCGGUACAAAUGGAAGAAGUUCAACGACAAGUCCCUUUGUCAAACCAAAUCCAGGUUCUAGCACAGACGGCAGCAGCGCCGGACAUUCCGGGAACAAUAUCCUCGGUUCCGAAGUGGCCUUAUUCGCGGGGAUUGCUUCAGGAUGCAUCAUCUUCAUCGUCAUCAUCAUCACGCUGGUGGUCCUCCUGCUCAAGUACCGGCGGAGACACCGGAAACACUCGCCGCAGCACACGGCCACGCUGUCGCUCAGCACGCUGGCCACCCCGAAGCGCGGCGGUGGCAACAACGGCUCGGAGCCCAGUGACAUUAUCAUCCCGCUGCGGACUGCGGACAGUGUGUUCUGCCCCCACUACGAGAAGGUCAGCGGGGACUACGGGCACCCCGUGUACAUAGUCCAGGAGAUGCCCCCCCAGAGCCCUGCGAACAUUUACUACAAGGUCUGAGACGCGGCGGUGCCUUGGCUUUCCCGGAGGAAACGUCCUGGCCCGCGGCCGCCCGGGGAGGGUUUGAUGACCCCCUGCGCGUCGCCUGGACUGGAGCGCAGCGGGGGAGAGGGAACGCCGCUUCUCGGAAGAGCCCUGUUGAGUUGGACAGCUUCUCUAGUGUGAGCGCCCCGGCCGCGGUGGAGACAGAUGCUCACCGGCCACGGGGAGCCUGGGGCGCAGAGGGGGCCCCGCUGGGACUGCGGCGCUCGCCUCCCACCCCUCCACCUCCAAGCCAUGCGCUGCCGGCACUCAGGCCUGCGGGGAGCAGGGCAGGAGUCCCAGGCCGCCGCACCAGGACAUGCAGUCCUCUGCCUCGGGCGCUCCUGCUGCCGAGCGUCCGGACUUGACACACAGACCUCGGGCUGGGGGAGGCUUCCGAGAGGUCCAGCUUCCAGUCCUCACCAUGGCACCCCUUCCCCCCAGCGCCCCUGCCCGAUCUCCGGGGCUCUGCCCGUGCUUCCCGGGAGAGCCCCUCUCCCUCUGCACUCUGCAUCACUGCUGGAACACUCACGUCUGGGGGGUCUCCUGCUCCGCGCACCUGCAGCCACGGCUACCACGGAAUGGGUAAUACACUUCUAGAAAUUGUGUUUGCUAAUAAGGCGCCCCAGGCGGGGCUGUGGGCCGCGGAGUUCGCGGAAGGGGGCGGGCCGGGGAAAAGGGCUGUCUGCAGAUGCAGUUCCAGGCUGCCGCCUCCGAAGCGGAGUCCGGUGGGGGAGAGCCCCGUGAGUAGCACAGCACUUCGGUUUGGCUGAGAUUUUAAGAGGCAAGUAGGAGACACAACACCACUCACAGUGGAGGAGGGUGCCUUUGAAGGAAUCCGCCCUGAUCGCAUGGCAAUGUGCAGGAAAACCAGAGUCCUCUUCGCUGGGGAGAACAAAGGGGCAUUGUUGGGGGAGGAACAGGCCAGGAGGGAAGGGAGCCGUGGGCGCUGAUGACGGAUUCGGGCAGGACUGUUGUGGUGCCGGCAGUAAGAUGUACAGCUUGGAAGCUGUAGGAGAGUCGGUCUGCUUUGGAUGAGGUCUAGAGCGGACUCAGCUGCUAUCCUGAUCACAUUUUAUUAAACACAGGGAAAGCAUUUAGGAGAAUAGCAGAGAGCCAAAUCUGACCUAGACGUUGAAAAGCCAAAGGUCAAACAGGCUGUAAUUCCAUCAUCAUUGAUGUUAUUGAGGAGUUCUGUUAUGUAAAAGGUAGGUCAGAUUCCCCGCCCCCUCCCCCCCAGUGCUCCUCCCCCACCCCCUCCGCCACGGAGCCUCCCCACACGUUGGUUUUUGGCGGUGCUGUCCUGUCUGCGGCGUGGGCCAAGGGAGGGUACCGAGCGAGGCCACAGCCAGGCUGCUCUGUGUCUGGGCGAAGCACACGGGGAACCCCUUGGGGUCCUUAAGCGGGAAAUCGGUGAUGACGUCGAGGGGGAGAAGGAAGAUAGCACGUAUUUAUAAUAGGUAUAUAGAACACAAGGGGUAGAAAAUGAAAGAUUUUUACUAAUAUAUAUUUAAGAUUGCACACAAAUCACGCCAGAGGAUGUGAAAUUCACUCGUGGCAAUUGCGUGGUCCCAACGCCCAGUGCUUAAAAAAGAAAAAUCGGACAGCUACUUCUGGGAAGAAACAGCAUCACUCCCCAAACAACAAUAACAAGAGUAAAUACAAAAAUAACCCGGUCCUCUGAAGGCAUCUCACGGAACCUAGACUAGGAAAUGCAGGCCCCAAACACCAGGAAAUGGACGUGACCGAACCAUAUUUUGAACAGUGGCAAGAUGUCCAGGCAUUUCUUCCCUGUGUCGUGUUUCCCCUUGCCUUGGGGCUCAAGCUCGAGUGUUCUCUGAAACCCACUGGGUCAAGUGGAGGGGCUAUGGCAGCAAGUUCAGCUCCAGCCCCCGCUCCCUCCCUCCUCCCCAGUCCCCUGGUCCCCUCCCUUCUGGGAAACAAAACGAGUAAACAGGAAACCUACUUUUUAUGUGCUAUGCAAAAUAGACAUCUUUAACAUAGUCCCGUUACCAUGGUAACACUUUGCUUUCUGAAUUGGGAGAAAAAAAAAUGUAGCAACAGCAUUUUAAGGUUCUCAAACCUCCAGUGAAUACCGCAAAAACGAGUUGUCACAGAAAUGAUUCCUUCUCUAUUUCCUGAACCUGAAAAUGAUGUUGGUCCAAAGUGCGUGUGUGUAUGUUUGAGUGGGUGAGUGGUUUAUGUGUGUACAUAUAUGUAUAAUAUAUAUCUGCAAUAUAUAUUAUAUAUAUCUCUAUCAGAGUUCUGUGCAGGGUUGCCAUGGCGACCAGCCACAGUCCAUAUGUGAUUCUUUCCAUCACCCUACCCUCUCCUUUACGUGCAUCCAUACAAGAGUUUCUUGUAAGCCAUCAAAAAUUAACCUUGAGGAUGGGGGAGAGGGGCAAGAAGGGGAAAAAUGGGAAAUAGUCUGAUUUUAAUGAAAUCAAAUGUGUGUCUCAUCAGUUGGCUACAUUUUGGUUAUAUGCUAAACUGUGAAAUCAGAGAAUUGAUGAAGAGUUACCUGCAACCAGUUGAAAAGUGUUCUGUGCGUCUGUUUUGUGUCUGGUGCAGAAUAUGACAAUCUACCAACUGUCCCUUUAUUUGAAGUUGGUUCAGCUUUGGAAAAGUUACUGUAAAUGCCUUGCUUGUAUUAUCAUCCCUAGUCACCUGACUUUGGAAUUUGCACCAUAAUGUUUAAGUGAAGAUGCUGUAAAUAGGUUCAGAUUUUGCUGUAUAUGGAUUUGGGGUGUUACAGUAGCCUUAUUCACCUUUUUAAUAAAAAUACACAUGAAAACAAAACAGAAAUGGCUUUUCUUACCCAGAUUGUGUACAUAGAGCAAUGUUGGUUUUUUAUAAAGUCUAAGCAAGAUGUUUUGUAUAAAAUCUGAAUUUUGCAAUGUAUUUAGCUACAGCUUGUUAAACGGCAGUGUCAUUCUCCCCUUUGCACUGUAAUGAGGAAAAAAUGGUAUAAAAGGUUGCCAAAUUGCUGCAUAUUUGUGCCGUAAUUAUGUACCAUGGAUAUUUAUUUAAAAUUUCGUUGUCCAAUUUGUAAGUAACACAGUAUUAUGCUUGAGUUAUAAAUAUUUUUUUCUUUCUUCGUUUUAUUUUACUAGCCUGUCCUAGGUUUUCAGUCUGCUUUACUUCCACAUUGCAGUCAGCCCCCAGAAAUGAAACCCGUGAGGUCACAUUCCACGUCUGUUUCAAACUGAAUUUGUUCUUAAAAAAAUAAAAUAUUUUUUUCCUAUGGAAAAA